UGUUCCCGUGGAUUGUUUUGGUUGACAAAUGCUGCAAGACUUGGGUGAACAUGGCGAUCCCUAUAGCCAUUUUGGAUUGUGAUCUACUGCUACAUGGUCGAGGUCAGAAGACGCUGGACCGCUUUGACCUGGAUUCGGUCUCCGACACCUUCCUCCUCAAACAUUUUAGCUUCCCAAGAGACUUCAUUCUUUAUCUGGUGGAAUUACUUAGAGAAGAUGUGUCUAGACGUACACAGCGGUCCAGAGCCAUCAGUCCAGAUGUCCAGGUGUUGGCAGCUUUGGGCUUUUACACAUCUGGCUCAUUCCAGACGUCCAUGGGAGAUACCAUAGGGAUCAGCCAGGCUUCAAUGUCGAGAUGUGUGUCCAAUGUGACCAAAGCCUUGGUGGAGAAAGCUCCGGAGUUCAUUGUGUUCAACAGGGAUCCCUCAAGCAGAGAGCUGUCCUCCCAAGAUUUCAAGAAAAUGGCAGGAUUUCCAGGAGUUGGGGGAGUGCUGGACUGUGUUCAGGUCGCCAUCAAAGCUCCAAACAGUGAAGACUCGACGUAUGUGAACAAGAAAGGGUUUCACUCUGUAGCCUGCCAGCUUGUCUGUGAUGCCAGAGGAUUGCUGCUCAGCGCAGAGACCAACUGGCCGGGUGGACUCAAUGACGCAGAAGUUCUAGAAAGGUCUGCUCUCUGCAAACAGCUGCAGGACACUGAGAAUUGGUGGCUGCUGGGUGACUGUCGUUACCCUUUGAGGAAGUGGUUGAUGACCCCAGUCAACAACCCAGAAUCCCCUGCAGAGGUUGAAUAUAAUCUGGCGCACAAUGCUACACUUGAGAUAGUGGACAGGACCUUCAGAGCCAUCCAGACCAGAUUCAGAUGUUUAGACAGCACCAAAGGAUACCUACAGUACUCUCCAGCGAGGAGUUCAUCCAUCCUGCUGGCCUGCUGCGUCCUCCAUAACGCCUCCCUGCAGUCGGGAUUAGAUGCCUGGACACUGGAAAGGACAGACCCCCCCGAGCUACCAGAGAGCCUGGAACAGAGGCCUGAGGACCGCGACAGCCAGGCAGAGGAGCUCAGAAAAAAGCUCAUACUCGAACACUUCAGCUGAAAUGCAGCCUGGACUCGGACUCGAGCCAGAGGGGUUCUCAUGGGAAGUCAAGUUCAUGUUGAGGUCAAAGGGGAUCAAGACUGAGUCACAUUAGGAUCAGAGGAAAUCAUGUCUUUUUUCUUUUUCAUCCAUUUAAAGCAAGAAAGUCCACGGACACAGUGUUGCUGAUGCAGUUUUUUAAUAUUUUGCUGGUUUCUACUCUACUGACUACACUAAGAUAACAUAUUUAUAUAUGGAGGAACAUGCAAGGCACUAUACAACAAACCAGGACAACAUUAUAUCCAAACACAUUUCAAACAACUGAACCCUCUGGAAAGUGCUGGCCUAUUCUCUCUGGACAUUGUUCAGAUGUUCAGAGAAGUUGGAAUCAUCAUCAGCUCCUGGUGUUUGAUUCAAACUGUGUCGAGCUACUGUGUCGUCCAGGUUUCUUUACAAGUUGAAAAACUCACCCUUCUGGUUACAUUUUUUGACCCUCCCCACUUUAAUCCCCUAAAACUCCACUGAUUGUAAUUUUUUUCCCCACUUUCCACAGGUUUAAGUCUUGGACUUUGUCACAAUACAAUAAAAAAACAAAACAAGGCCCUUUAUUUACAACAUCUGCACAUUUGGUUGCUAUUAUUUAUGUACACUGGUGCAUUGAAACUGUAGAGGUUGAGAAUGACGAUGGUGGAGUGACGGGCUGCAGUCACGUGAUGCUUUUGUUUACACUUGGCACACGAGGGACACAAAACGAAACGAACAAAAAAAAAAUUGUUUCUGGAUGAUUUUAUCUUCAGAAUUUGGAAUUAUUUCCUCCACGGACUCGGAUGAGGAAAAAUGUUAAUCUGAUGGAAAACCAUGACAUUGUCAGAAUAGUGGUGAAGAAAUAAAAGCGUUUUAAAAAUG